AUGGCAAUGACUGAUGCCUCGGUGUCGUCCCUCAGCGUAUCGGAAAUCAAAGAUCCGGUGGUCGUGUUCGAGCGCUACAACACCGAUGACAUCCGCUGCAUCGAGCGCAAAGUCCGCGGGGAGAUUGAGCAAAAGAAGGAGGAAUUGAGGCAGAUGGUAGGUGAACGCUACCGCGACCUGAUUGACGCCGCAGACACCAUCGGGGAGAUGAGGCAAAGCUCGGGAAGUGUUGUCCAGUCCAUCCAGGACAUGUACCAGUACUGCAACCAGUUGAAACAGGGCAAAACCCGUGUGACCACUCACACUGCGGAGAGUCAGCAGCAGGACAAGUUUUACACUAUGGCCUCUCAGAUCAAACUCCUUUUGGAGAUACCCGAGCGCAUCUGGAGUGCCGUGGAGGCCUCCCAGUACCUUCAGGCAACUCGUCUCUACCUGUUGUGCUGCCGUCUGCACAGUCUCCUUCAAUUGGAAGCUGCUACAGGAGGUCUCUACAGUCCUGCCCUCGCUCGCUUCCCCAUCCUUGUCCGACAAGUAGCCACAACGGGUCACUUCAGGUCAACCAUUCUUUUAGACAGCAGGUCUCUGCUGCGGGGUCGUGCGGUGUCAGACCAGGCCAUUGCGGAGGCCCUACUGUCCAUGAUGCUGCUGGAGGACAGCUCCCCGCGCCAGGCGCUUGCUGAUUUCUUGUUAGCACGAAAGGCGUCUAUUCAUCAGUUGCUCAAUCAGCCACAACAUGGUGCUGGUAUCAAAGCCCAAGUGUGUAGCCUCGUGGAACUUCUGGUGACCACUUUAUUUCAAGCUUAUGCUGUUUUCUACAUGCACCAUGAGGGAGGAGGAGGCAGGCCAGGGGAAUCGACUCUUAGCUGUGGCCUGCUCUUUUCCAUUCUGGAAAAUGUCACCGCGACCACACCUGCGGCGAAGGACAAAAAUGUGCUUCAAGAAGACGCUAGUACAGGCAGCUGGUUCAAGUACCUGCCCCCUUCCGUCACAGAGUUCCAACCUACACUUCGUACCCUGGCAAAGCCCAUCCAGAGAGAGCAGUUGCGGGACACCUUACAACAGUGGAUUGAUACGUGUAAGGAGGACAUCUGUCAUGGUGUUGGCAGCCUUCUGGUGUAUGUAAAGAGCCUGAAGGGACUGGCAGCCAUUAGAGACGCUGUUUGGGACCUCCUUUCUGCUGACUCCAUCAGUCAGCACUGGAACACAGUGUGUCAGCGGCUGCUGGAGCGCCGUCUGGCCAUCUGGAAUGACUUCCUGCAACAGCUCUUCCUUCAACGCUUACAGGCUAUAACCAAAGAAGAAACUAAAGCCAUCUCAGUGAGCUCAGUGCAGCUCCUCACAUCCACUGUGAAGGAUCUUGCAGGACAGACUGCAAAUAGCCGGGAAGCGCAGUAUGAAUGUGACGUGUCUGCCUAUAUGUGGACAGAGUCUCCAGGAGAUCUGCAAAGUGAUGCAGGUUAUGUCAGUGAGGCCCAGAGGGGGCAGGAACAGCAAAAAAGUCCUCUGGCCAUGAAGACGAAUGGUGUGACACCCUGCGUACAAAACUUUUGCUCCUCCGUUGACGCCAAGCUGAAAGCACGGCUUGAUGACCUCCAGCAUUACCUUCCGUCCCAGGAUGCAGGCUCUGACUCCAUCCCCGUGAAAAUCCCAUCAUCAGCUUGUACCGAUGGCUCGUCAGCGUCCACUUUGAACCGCUUCACAGACUCGCCGGCAGUGGAGGAGGCUUUACGGGACAGCUGCAUGGCUUGCGUUCGCCACAUUAUCUCCGCCGUCCGUUCAGAACUGGCCACAACCUCGCCAGAUCCCAGUCUGGCCGGCAUGGGUUCUGUCCUUUUCAUGGCGAGGCUGUGUCACUCCAUGGGGGAACUGUGUCCCAAUCUGAAACAAUGCAUUUUGGGACAACAGAGUGGCUGCGAGGCCACGGACAAAGUGACCCCGAGGCAGAGCAAGAAGUUAGGCAAAGCAAAGGCGGCUACGCAAGUCAGCGCUGCUCAGGCAAAAUGGGCAGAGCUAAAAGAAGAGCUUCUCAACUGCAGCAUGGAGGCCUACCGCAUAUGGAGCUCCACUGCCUCAAAAAGGCUGAUGGAGGAGUUUGGAACAGCUCUUCUCGCAGAUUCUGCUGGUGCCAUCUUGGAAAACGCAACAAACUGGGAAGAUCUGGAGAUCCAAGAAGAGGCCGAGUCGGGGAGCAGCGUUACAUCCAAGAUUCGUCUUCCGGUUCAGCCAUCUUUGCACGUCCAUUCGCUACUCUUCCAGCUGUGUGUUGAGGUGAACAAGGUGGGUGGCCAUACAGUGCCAGAAGCUACCAUGCGGGAACUUCUGCAGGCCUGUUUGGAUCAUACUUUGCAGCACUACCAGACACUCACACAGCGGGAAGAUGCUUUUCCAAUGACUCAGAACCGAGCAUUGCAGCUGAUGUUUGAUCUUCGUUAUCUGAACACCACUUUGUCUGCCCAACUAGAGGAAGGAAAGAGCUGCAAACCCCAUCAAGACCCUAGGAUGCAAGAAGUCUGUGAUUGGCUGGAGAGUCACAUUGACCCAUUUGACCUAGAUGUUUUCACACCGCCGCUGAAUGCAAACCUCAAUCGUUUGUCCCAAAGAACAUCGGUGCUGUACGGACUUGUGACUGGCUCAGAGAAGUCAUUUACCCCACAGAGCAGCAGCGUCAACUCUCAGGAGCCUUACAACAUCCUUCCAAUGUCCAACACUCAAAUCAGGUUUGGGUUGUUGCCUAUCAGCAUGUCUGAUACGCGCAAAUCAAAGUCUGCAUCCAAAAAUUCCAGGUCCCCACACCAAAUGGUGAGUAACAGCUCUUCUUUUCAGCCAGGCAGCCUCUUCCGACAGAUGGCAGAAGAAGAAGACACAAGCUCGCAAUCUUUAUUUAAACUCACGUGGCUGUCUGGCAUGACCAAAUAA